CAGGCGCAGUUAAUUCACUAUAAAUGGCUUACAGUGUUUCAUGUAUGCUACUUCAAGUAUUAAAACAUAUUGAUAAGCUCUUCCAGUUCACAGAAAUUCGUUCACUUCAGAGAUAAUUAUUCUUUGCAGAUAGCAUAAUUAUCGUUGGCAUUGGUCAGAUGUCUUUCAACUUUGCGAAAUGUGUAUGGUGUCUGAUUACCAUGUAGCUGUCAAUAGAGCUCAAACCAACAGUUUUGUUCCGCUGUCGCCUACUUGAAUGAUGUGAAUAGACCCGGCUGCAAAUGGACAAAUGUGCGUGUGGACGGAAAUUAUUACCCGAGCAAGGCUCGCUGACGAUCGUCCGCCGCAGCAGCGGCAAAGGAGGCGGCGGUGGCAACAGCGGCGGCGGGGGCGCCAGCGGCAGCGGCAGCGGCAACGGCGCCAGGGCGGGCCCGCUCGCCAGGGGCGCGUCCGCUGUCGCUGACGACGACGCCCUCGACGCCGUCGACCUGUCCACCGACAACCUGCCUGCCGUCGACACGCCGGACGCCUGCGACAAGGCUGCCCUCAGGCUACGCUGCCUGUUGCGGCAGUUGCAGAGGGGGGAGAUUUCCGCGGAAAUCUUGCAGAAGAACCUCCAUUAUGCGGCACGCGUCCUCGAAGCGGUAUUCAUCGAUGAAACCAAGGAGCGCGCCGCCGACGAGGAGCCGUCGCGCAAGCCGUCGGCGCUGGGCCCUCGCCACGGGGAGACUGCCGCGACCUGCGCGGCCUCUGCCGCCCAGCCCGUGCAGCGCCGCCGCCUGCGGACGCCUGUCUGGGCAAGAUUUCUCGACGAAAAACUAAAGGCAGCCGCCACUCUUGUUAGUAGGCGGCUGGCGGACGAGGACGACGAGCUGUCGGAGGUGCAGCCGGACGCGGUGCCGCCAGAGGUGCGCGAGUGGCUGGCGUCCACCUUCACGCGCCAGCUCGCCACGACGAGACGCAAGGCCGACGAGAAGCCCAAGUUCCGGUCGGUGGCGCACGCCAUCCGCGCCGGCAUCUUCGUCGACCGCAUCUACCGCCGCGUCACCAGCACCUCGCUUAUGCAGUUCCCGCCCGACGUCGUUAAAGUGCUCAAGACACUGGACGAGUGGUCAUUUGAUGUGUUUGCACUUAGCGAGACAGCCACAAAUAUGCCUGUCAAGUAUCUUGGGUAUGAUCUCCUCAAUCGAUAUGGGAUGAUACAUAAGUUUAAGGUUCCACCUUCCACACUGGAGGCAUUUCUCACACGAAUAGAGGAAGGUUAUUGUCGUUACCGGAAUCCAUAUCAUAACAACUUACAUGCAGCUGAUGUGGCACAGACCGUCCACUAUAUGUUGUGCCAAACAGGGCUCAUGAACUGGCUAACAGAUCUGGAGAUAUUUGCAACCCUUGUUGCAGCUUUAAUUCAUGACUAUGAACAUACAGGUACAACCAACAACUUCCAUGUCAUGUCAGGCACAGAGACAGCAUUAUUAUAUAAUGAUCGUGCUGUCCUAGAAAAUCAUCAUAUAAGUGCCUCUUUUAGGGUGAUGCGGGAUGAGGAAUGUAACAUCCUCCAAAAUCUGUCCCGUGAAGAGUUUCGGGAGUUCCGCACCCUUGUUAUUGAUAUGGUUUUAGCAACAGACAUGAGUUUCCAUUUUCAGCAGCUGAAAAACAUGAGGAAUCUCCUGACACUCGCUGAGGCCAGUGUGGACAAGUCCAAGGCUCUUUCACUGGUGCUUCACUGUUGUGACAUAUCACAUCCUGCUAAGCGAUGGGAUCUCCACCAUAGAUGGACUUCUCAACUUCUUGAGGAGUUCUUCAGACAAGGAGAUAAGGAACGUGAGUUAGGACUGCCAUUCAGCCCUCUAUGUGAUCGCAACAACACACUUGUUGCUGAGUCACAGAUCGGUUUCAUCGAAUUUAUUGUUGAGCCAAGCAUGGCAGUAUGCAGUGAUAUGUUGGAAGCAAUUUUGGGUCCACUUCAUUCAUCUUGUAAACCAACAUCUGCUGAAAGCAUCCAGAGUACAGGAUCAGAAAAUGCUGAAAUUGACAGAAAUAAGAAUGGGUCCACACGGAGCCCAGAACGAGGCCAGAAGUAUACAAUUAAAAAGCCAUGGAUUGGUUGUUUAGCAGAAAACAAGAGGAUAUGGAAGGAACAGGCAGCUAAAGAUGCUGAAGCUCGUGCUCAACAACAACAAAAUGCUGAGGAAAACAACCCUACAGAUGUGAAAUAAAGUUAUUUCAGAACUUCAGCAAGAUCACUGCACUUGACUGAUGAAGCUAAUGAUAUGUUUUAGCUCUAGGCAAGUUGAAGUUUGAACAAAAUAUUAAAGAGCUGGUGAACCUGUUUAGCAAUCAGAAGUGUGUUCCUUACAGAUAUUCAAAAUGUAUGUACUGCAUUUCAAAACCUCCAUUAUGCAGCACACUGAAUCUGUUGUAUCAUAGCUGCAACUGAUAAGCAACUGCAGAGAAAAGAGUGUAGGGUAUCAGGAAGCUGAUAACCAUGGAGGGAAACAGAAAGGGGAGCAUUAGUUUUGAAGUGAUUUGGUGUUGAUUAAAGUUCAUUUACAAUAUGUCAGAAGAUACCUGGAAAAAGCUAUUGUGUUAUUCCAUUAACUCCAAAACAUACUUUUUUCACAAAAUGACAUAUUGAUAAAAUUUUAAAUAUUUUUAUUUAUUUCAUUUUGGUUUUAAAAUAACAGACUCAAUAAUUGGAUCACUUCUAACAGUGACUGGUGAGUUCAUAAAAUCAGUAUUCUCUCACACUGUUAUAUCUGUCUUAUUUUAAUUAAUAUUUGCAUAAAUAUGUCAGUAAUUACACAUUUUUCUUUCAGUUUCUCAGAUGCUAGAAAUGUCUUUGUUAUUAUGUACAUUUUAAAUAUUACUAAUUCAUUUUGUUACAUUUUAAGUAACUCAAAGACUGAUGUUAUAUUUCACUUAUAUUAAGUUCACUGUUACCACUCACAAGGUGCACUUCAAUUGAUUAUUUGUUACAAUCCUGACUAAAAGAAAAAGAGGUUAUCCACAAUUUGGGAUAUUUCUCUAUCUGUUUCGUACACAGUAAAUAUGAGCCAGUUCCUACAGUUAUUAUUAUAAAUUAUGUGACAGAGGAUCAACCAGUGUAACUGAGUGCUCCUUGAUGUACUGUAUUUCUACCUAAAUUAAAAUAAUCUUGUGUUAUUGUAAGACAUUCAGGAAAGGUAUGCUUAAAAAUAUUACUGAAUCUGGAAAUGGUUGUAUCAGGUAUCAUUCUAAUACCAUCAUGGUAGCACUCUUUCUCAAGUUAAUCUUUGUUGUAGGUGUAACAAUGAGACAUGAAACAUUACAACUAUGACAGAGUAAACAUGCCUUUGUACUUUGAAAAUUCUGUGAAAGUACAAUGAGCAUUCCUAAGAAAAUUGAACUCUACUUACCUUGAAUGUCAACACCAAUUAAUUUAUAUUUUAUAAGGAUUCACAUUGAUAAAAUGUACUUCUGAAUUUUAUACAUGCUUUUCCAAGCCGUGAAUAACUUUAAUUAGUAAUUUCAUUUCAUAAUAAUUGUUGCUAUUAAAAGAAUGUAAGAGUCACGAGUUGAGCUUACCAACAGAUUGCAAAUAAGAAAGUAUAGAUAAUGAAAUUCAGUGAAAACCACACGAGUCUAAUGUGAUGGGGCAGUUUUCAUAGAAAUUCAAAAUUAAAAAAAAAAAUCACUGUUACUUUACACAGCUCUAUAAUCAGUUAAAAUAUAAAAUAAAUACUGCAUAAUAAUGUAUAAGACAAGUAGCACAGAAUAUAAGGGUAUUACUGAAGAGCAAUAUUUUGUAUAAAACGGAUACUCACAAUAUUAAUAGCGAAAUGAAAUGUAUUAUCUUGUGAUUUUUUGUAGGCUACAGAACACUUUGUGCAUAGUGUGUCUCAGUAUAAAUACUUCACAUGACAUAGCAUUUGCACUGGAAUAUUUAUACUGUGAAUUUCAUAUAUUUUGCAAGUACAGAAAUAUUCUUGGAAUUGAUAUAUGUCACAUGCAGUGCAAGAUGUUUGAAUUUCAGUUUUUAGUUUCUGUCUAAAAUAAAAUAUUUUGAAAUUGAUGUGUGGAUCACUGAAAAGCAGUAGUGUUUUGCAUACAAAAAUAUGGUUUCAUUUUACAAUGAUCUCCUAAACUAAAUUAAUUCUUCAUAUGUAUUAGACAUUUUUGUAUGAGUUCCUCAUUUAAUUAUUUUGGUUUCACUUUGUUGUAUACCUGUAUAAUGUCACAGAGAUAAAAGGAAUUCAUGUAUGAGUUUUGAUACAUCUCAACUGUUGUGAAUCUUGUUCUGCUCUUAAUUAUUUCACUCUUUGACAAUAUAUAUUUAUAGUCAUAAAUGUAGGAAUAUGUAUAUCCUACUUUAUUUUCCACAGAUCAGCUGGAAUAGGUACAAAAAUUAUAUGGACACACAAACUCAGCUCUCAGAGCUCUCAGAUAUGUAAGAUCACAAAUACCAGCCUCAGCUGUUAUUGUUCUGUGUGCUAGGUCUUCUGCAUUUAGUGUAAACAGUGUUGAAUUUUGCCAGUCUAGGACAUCAUAACUAGAUACUUUUAGAGUGCAUUAUAAUUAGUUAUUAAUGUGAAACAUGAGUCCUGGUUACAUCAUUUCAUUUUACUUUGAAACUGUGCAACAAUAGUUUAUUAUGCUAUAUGCAUUUUGCCACUAAUUUCUUAAAUCUUAAUUGUGAGCUCUUUGUUCUGUAAUUGAUAAUAUUGCAAUCCCCUGUCCCAUAACCCUUUAAACAUGACAAGAUAUGGUUGUAAUAUUAUGCGUAUUUCUCAUAUUAUAUUAUAUGGUUAAGAGUUCUGCUCUUACACUUUGAUACUUAAUUACAGAAGCAUCUUUUGAACAAUGUGUGAAAGAAGGAGAAAGAAACCAUGAAACACCAGUGUUUUACAACAGUUAAUAUUCAAUAACAAUGAUACAUAUUUGGUUCCAUAGCAGCUGUCUACCCCUAAACAUUAACUCAAAAUCCACUUCAAGGAAAGAAAUGUUCUCUAAAUGCAAGAGAAAACUGCAGGCACAAGCGAAGUCUGUUAGUAGUUCGACCAGUUUGUCAGAAAAUGGCGAAACAGCUUAGGGAUGUUUCUUGUUUCAGAGAGCAACAGAAAAUCAACAGAUAUUUACAAACUCAACACUAAGAACUGCACAUUUUAAAGAUUGUUAUUUAAGGUAAUCUUUAUAUGUGCUUUGAUUUACAAUUGGUUUUGACUGUUGUUGUAACUGAAAUUUUUUGAGAAACCUAUAUAACAGCAUGUUCAUAGCAGUUGUAAUGAACCUUUCUUUGACUAUCAGUAUAUUGGUAGACUUCAUAGCCAUGACUUAUUUGAAUAAAAGUUGGAAUACCUUCAUUACUUGAAGUACAUCAUCAAAUUUUGAAUGAUAUACCAUUUAAAUUCGUAAUGAAAAUGUAAGCAGUUCAAUUGAUUUUCUAAAAAAAAAAUACAAUUUUGAAUUUUGUGUUUUUGGAAAGGUGUAAACAUAUGUUCCUGGCCACAGAGACAUGUAUCUGGCUGCUAAGCAAAGCACAUUCAUACUAAAUCAUAAAUCUUAGACCAAAGUAUCACAAAGCUGAUAGGGAUACACAAUUAAUCUUUCUACAAAAUACUUAUGUUUUCUGUUAUCCAGUGUUAUGAUUCAAGUGUUUAUGAUUCAAGUUCAUAUUUGCUGACCCAAAAGGAUAAAUUUCUCUAUGUUAUCUACUACAAAAUUGUAAACAUCCUGAGAAAUUAUUUCCACAAAUCAGUAGUGUUGUCCUUCCAUGAAUUUAGUUUCCCUUGACAGAAUUCUUUUGAUUUAGUUUGAAAAAAACUUCCCAGUUUUGUCUAAAUUACAAAGUAUUUUAGUUCCAGGACUCUCCAUUAUGUUAACUAUAUUCUGUGACAGUAGGUAAGGCUUCUGAAUAUAGAAAUUUUAAUGGUUUAUUAAAACCUUUGUUGUAUGAUUGCUUAGCACAUAAUUAAUAAUGUGUACUGUAAAACAGAAGCAAAUAGUUCAUAUGCUGUCUCAGAUAGCACCUGUUAAUGAAAUGUCUGCCAGAUAAGGUGCUUUUGAUUCAAAACUGAUAACAGUUGUGAUAACACAGAAUUAUUAUUAAUGAUUACCAUACCAAACAUACUACAGUUCAUUCAUCCUCUGUUCUUCUCCUCUCUGCAUGUAGACAAAAUGAAUCCUUAUGAUUUACUAACAAAAUAGUUGUCAUUGCUAUUUUUGUUCACCAUUUUAGAAGAACCGCAGAAUGCCUAAAUACAUACUUUACACAGCAUGAAUAUAUUCUUCGUUUAAUACUCGUUUUGUGUUAGUCUCAACAUCUAUAUUUUAAUGCACACUAUUUUUCUUAAAAGGGAUGCUCUGAUGCCUAGUAAUUAUCAUUUAUUGCCACCAUCUACUUCAAAUGGUCUAUGCAUUACCUAGAUGAAUAUGAAUCCUUUCCAUCUUUUGCAUAUCAUAACCCAGUCAUCGACGCUGCCUUGAUGAGAAGGAUUCAAUGAAAUAGUAAGAAAUGGUACUUCAGUCUCUCUUUCUACACAUUGCUUCAUUCUCAUUCAAGUAUUUAGAGUGAUUAUUUCUUCUAAGGUCACUUACAUUUCUUACUCUUUUCCAUAUCCUUAUUCCAGACCAUUCUAAUUCUUCUCAUGCAGGAAUUGCCUAAAUGAUCCAACAUCUAGUUGUACAUCUGUAUGCCCAACACCCUUACUAUAAUUUCUGUGUUAACAAUUCUUUCUCAGAUUUUGCUGUGAUUUCUCCAUACAUACGAGAAAUAGUUUCUGAGGAUCUUUGUUUAAACUGAUAUUUGAGUCUUGUCUGUCUAAAGUGACUUUUUGAGUUUAUUUGGUCAUUUAGUAUGUGCAUAUUAUCUGUUUUUCCUAUUGUCACAAUGACAAAGUGAAGACAAUUGGAUCUACAUUAGUCAUCGUAUAUGUGUAAAUUUUUUUUUUUUUUUUUUUUUUUUUUUUUUUUUUUUUUUUUUUUUUUUUUUUCCCCCCCUCCCAUGACGAUAUCUAUUAGUGUUAUCGUAUGCCUAUUACAUAUGUUGCUAGCCUUUCUUUGCAGUAAGAAUAAAUUAUGUUGACAAUAGGUUAUGCUUCUCUCUAACACAUCUAUAUUUGGCUUUACUUUCUCUUAAAGAAACAUAAAGGAAAGAAAGAAAUUCUUGCAACCAUUUAACACCUCAUUUUAAUUAAUUGCCUUAACAUUUCCUGUGGUGUAUUUGCAUUUCAUUCAUCAAUUUCUAGUAUCUGCAGUUCCCUUCUCUCCGCUGAUCAUGAAUAUUUCUUAACAUAAAUAUGGUUCUCUUUCACUGAAUUCAAAUUACAAUGUAGAAAGUCAUAGUAUGAACUCAGUACAUUGACUGUACUUCUUGUAAUUUACAGAUAUUUUAGUAAACCUUCAUAUUAUUUAAAAAAGGUAUUAUGCUCUAUAUAUAUUCUACACUGGAUGUAAAAAUAUUUCUUCUUGAUUCUAAAAACAACUGGAUGUAGGUCGUCAAGAGAUAUGUGAUAUGUAUCUCCUGGUGUCCUACUUUAUUGUGAUUACAGUCCAUCAGCAUCAUUGAUCAAUAUGUCACUGAAAGUAUUUACUCUUUCUACACAGUUUGAAAUACUACUUCUUUAAUUCAGUUGUUCAAAUAUAAAGACCCAAUGGAUCAUCAAUUCUUAGUGGCACUCAAAUUGUCUUCAGUGACCCCAUGACUGUCACCGAAGUGAGUAUUCUAAUGUCCCUAAAAUUAUUUAUGAAGGUGAAUAGUGUGUUCUCAGUGUUCAUUUUGCUACAAUUUCUUGCACUGGAACAUUUUCUGCAGAUGCACAUACAUAACAAUCUUAAUCUAACAUUGAAAAUAAUAUGCAUUUUUGGUCAUUGGAAUGUACCAGGCACAGAGUUGAUUCUUCAGGUCUAAAGAUACAGAAUUCUAAACAUAAAAUGUGCCUUCCAUGUUGUAAAUAAAUAAUGAUUGUAAUAAUGAUUCUGUGAAACAUGGCUUUUAUCUUGAAACUGACUGGGUUAUAUAUUUUGCAAAGUUACAAAUGAGAAGGCAUCUGUUUAUGGUACAGGCACAUUUUUGCAUUCAGAUUUAAUUUUAAGGAAAACAGAGGUUCUUGAGGACAUAUUCAUUUGGCUCCAAGGGAACUGUAGGUCAAACCAUGAGGGAGAAAGAGCAAAAUACAUAAAAUCACUUAUUUCAAAUCUAUAUCCUGGGUAGUGUGCUGUGUUAUCACUGCAGCUAAUUUUAUAGUACUUAAAUAGCUUGUAAAGAAAUAGAAAAAUGAUAACAUCCAUUUUGUAUUUAUAGCACUGUUGUGAAUGUAAUUUUGAAUUUGCAUGUUACCAUCAGAGUACAGCAACAGUUUCUUAAUAUUGUUGCAAUUUCACUUUUUUUACAUCACUAGU